AUUCCCACAUAUUCACCCGGACUACAUCGUUCGUGCAGAGCAGAAGCUAGCCUCGGGUCAACUGCCGGGGAUUGCCUCUCAACACCUGUCGAGGGAAGCUGUGACGAGGCUGCAUGAGGAGCUGUUGGAAAACGAUUAUGCGGUGUAUUUACCCGAUGCUUUUACGAAGGAGACUUUCAAAGAG